CACAAAAACCGUCGCGUGAAACAAAACUAGGGUAUUAUUUAUCACUUUUAUUAAAUAGAAUGUUUAUAAAUAUUAUCACUCUUGUUUCUGAUCGCAAAGCGCGUGCGUGACGCGUCGGUGGGCGUGUCCGGUAAGCCAAACGUCACACAUCCGACCGUACCGAGAGGCUGAACCGAGUCCGCCGCCGAGGGACCGCCUUCAGCUGCAAGCGCACAAUGCGGAGAGAUCCCGGACGGAUCCAGAUGUGUUACUGUUAAUGUGAGCAAGCAUUCCGCGCCGAACUCAGGGAAUCAAGCGCCAUGGCUCAUGUCGGUAACGGAGCGGACGGCGCGGAACCGGAGGAGGACUGUUUUGAAGAUGCUUUCGAUCGCAUUCCAGUGGCGUCUAAGAUGGAUCUGCGUACGUCUAUAGAGGAGUGCAGCAUGGCUCUUCACCUCGUCCUCAACAACAAGUUCUCUGAAGCGCUGGAUCUGCUCAGACCCUGGUGUAAGGACAGCAUGUAUCACGCUCUGGGCUACAGCAGUAUUCUGGCCAUGCAGGCCACCAUGACCUUCGAGCAGAAAGACAUCCAGGCCGGGAUGGCGACCAUCAAAGAGACCUUACAGACCUGCCAGAGGUUCAGGAAACGAAACUCUGUGGUGGAGUCCAUCUCCAGCCUGAUGUCCAAACAGUCCCCGGACAGCCUGAAAGCAGAAGAGAUGCAUGCAGAGAUCUGCUAUGCUGAGUGUUUGCUGCAGAAAGCCACGCUGACAUUCAUACAGGAUGAAAACAUGAUCAGUUUUAUUAAAGGAGGAAUCAAAAUACGCACAAGUUAUCAAAUCUACAAGGACUGCCAGAGUUUGUUGAACAUGUCUCAGGGAGUGGGCGGAGACAGCGAGGCCUUCAGACAGUUUGAGGGCGGAGUCAAGCUGGGGAUUGGCUCCUUCAACCUGAUGCUGUCUCUACUACCUGCACGAAUCCUGCGACUGCUGGAGUUUAUUGGCUUCUCAGGGAACAGAGAGUUCGGUUUGUCGCAGCUGCGGGACGGCGCUGGCAGUCACAGUCUCAGAUCCAUCCUGUGUGUGCUGACGCUGCUCUUCUACCACACUUACGUCAGUCUGAUUCUGGGCACUGGUGAGGGGAAUCUGGUGGAGGCCGAGGCUUUAUUAGAGCCCUACAUAGAGCGAUUUCCACAGGGCUCAAUCAUCUUGUUUUACUCGGCUCGCAUCGCCUUACUGAGGGGAAACUUUGAGAAGGCGCAGGUGAAGUUUCAGGAGUGUGUAUCGGUGCAGCAGCAGUGGCGUCAGAUCCAUCAUCUGUGUUACUGGGAGCUGAUGUGGUGUCACUCGUUCCAGCAGCAGUGGAGAGACGCGUAUCGAUACGCAGACCUGCUGUGCCGAGAGAGCCGCUGGUCUAAAGCCAUCUACGUCUAUCAGAAAGCUGCCAUCCUGAGCAUGAUGUGUGAGGAGGAGCUGAAGUCGAGCGGAGAGGACGUGGUGGGGCUGUUCAGGCAGGUGGAGGGACUGAAGCAGCGGCUGGCCGGGAAAUCCAUCCCUACGGAGAAGUUCGCCGUCAGGAAAUCACGCAGAUACUCCUCAGCUGCGCCUGUUAAACUGGUGAUUCCUGCGCUGGAAAUGAUGUAUGUGUGGAACGGCUUUACUAUAGUUGGGAAACGUGCGGAUGCCACUGAGAGUCUACUGAUCACCAUCGAGAGAGCAGAGGAGCAGCUGCGCAACGAUCCCAACCCGUCUGAGUUUCAUCCUGAUGAUCAGUGUCUGGUUCAGAUGCUGAAGGGUUUGUGUUUGAAGCAUCUGGGCCGAUUACUGCAGGCAGAGCUCUGCUUCACACAGGUGCUGAGCAGUGAGAAGCGCAUCCGUUACGAUCACUAUCUGAUCCCCUUCACCCUCUAUGAGCUGGGCUUACUCUACAAGCAGCAGGGCGAUUACGUCAAAGCCACGCGCUUCAUCGAGGACGCCAAGUUGAAUUAUAAGGACUAUUCAAUGGAGUCUCGUCUUCAUUUCCGCAUCCACGCGGCUCUCAGCAGUCUGAAGGGUUCUCCGACAAACUCGCCGUGAUGGGCGUGAUGUGAGGGCUGA